UCGAGUUUCCUGCGAUGCAAUCACUACUAUUAAAAAUCACUUUUCAUUCAAUAAUUUUUCGAAAAGUGUUACUUUUGUCAUUAAGACUUGAUUAAAAGUUUAAAAUAAGUCAAAAUAUCCCGUAAACAGUUGUUAUUUAUCUUGCAAAAUGUUUGUGCAAAGCCUAAUAUGGUUUUUUCUAAUAUUGAUGAUUAAUCAUAAUAAAGCUGAAUUAGUAAUUGGACAAGAGGAAUCGGCAGAGGAUAUUCUCGGACUGUUUACUAUAGAAGGAAAAGUAUUUUCACCAGAAUCUCAAAUGAAAGUACAAUCAGAAACUUCGUUAUCUAUAAAUAGUGGAGAGUACAAAGGAUUCUUGCGAGAUGACGGAACAUUUAUCAUAAGUAACGUACCUUCCGGUAGUUAUGUCUUAGAAGUACAUAAUCCCGACUAUUACUAUGAGCCGAUACGGGUAGAGAUUAAUCCCAAAGGCAAGUUUCGGGCUCGAAAAGUGAAUUAUGUGCAGCCUUCGCAAAUUGUGCAAGUGCCGUACCCGUUAAAGAUGAAAGCGUUUACACGUUUCAAAUAUUUCCAAACACGCGAGCAAUGGAAGAUAACAGAUUUCUUGUUCAGUCCUAUGGUAUUAAUGAUGGUGCUACCACUCUUAGUUAUGCUUGUUCUACCUAAAAUGAUAAAUGAUCCCGAGACUAAAAAAGAAAUUGAGAACAUUCAGUUUCCUAAAGUGAGCAACGAGAUGCCAGAGAUUAGUGAAAUGAUUACAUCAUUUUUCUCUGGAGCCAAACCACCAGAAAAGGAGAAAAAACCUAUCUCUUCAAAACAAAACAAGAAACGUAAUUAAUUUACAAUUAAUUAACAAGUUAUGUAUGUAAAUUCCAAUAACCAACGAUCACACAUAAAGCGUAAAUAAGUAAUGCUAAUAAAUUUUAAUAAAUCGGUGUCCUUGGUA